AUGAUCCAGGUCAAGAGCAGAACCUUCAACAACCGAGACAAGAAGUGGCUCAGGGAGAUGUGCCACAAGCAAGGCCACAAGAAGAACAACAUGCAGAGCCACAGCGAGAAAUCCUGCAAAAUAUGGUCAAGCGCUGGCUCUGAUCCUGUUGUGCAGCGAGGCUCCACUUUUCAGGUGUACUGCACUUUUAACUGCAAGUGCAAAAGAAUCAUGUAUGAAACCAUACAUGAUACAUAUGAGCAACAGCCGGUCGAAGUAUUCAAUUCUACAACCCUCUAUCGUAAUGUGGAGAACAUAACCGAGGACAGAACGUAUAGCUGCAAGUGUAAUAAAUGCACGCCAGCCCUUGACUCCUGUGGACUUGAUAUCACCACUGGAUACCCUCCAGAAAUACCUCAAAACAUAACGUGCAUCCAGAAUGUCAUUGAUGGUGAAGUGGGACAUGUGAAGUGUACUUGGAAAAGUGGAAGGGCUACUGAGCUGGAUGAUGAUCCAAAACUGUGGGUGAGAGAAAACCACAUAGCUGUACCUGUGUCCUACAAGGGAUCCAAUGGGGAAUCUAACCUCCUCUCAGCUGUUUUCAAAGUGUCCAGUUCCGUCCAGGUGAUCUCUGUAUGGGUCAAUGUAAGCAAUCAACUGGGCACUGCAGCGUCCACCGUUGUCAGCUUCACACUUGCGGACAUCGACUCCAGAGAGUACUUCAGCAGUGCUGAUUCUUUGUCCAUUCCUUCUGCUCCUACAGUGAGGCCAUCACCACCAGUUUUAGACAAAGUUGCGUGUCGCUCCCGAGACUGCCUCAUCAAUGUUGGACAGUCCAACAGGACCCAGCACCUACAGAUACAGUACCAAACAGAGCAAGGGGCAUGGAUAACCCAUUCAGACACAAGCGGACAGAUGAAUUUGCUCAGGGUCCAGUCCGUCUCUUCUCUGGAACCCUACAGACUUUACUAUUUCAGAGCCAGAGUCAAGCUGAGUACUGGGCUGUGGAGUCAAUGGAGCACAAGCAUCUCAAACUGGACUCAAGAGGAAGGCCCAAACAAAGAGCUGGAUGUAUGGUUGGCUGAAUCCUCCUCUGAAAUGGCCUCCACGACCGUUUACUGGAAGAAACUGGAUGAUAUCAGCGCCGGAGGGAAGAUCGUUCGAUACUUGGUCAAAGUUCACUGUCUAGAUACAGGAUUGAUCGUCACCAAGAAUCUCAGCGCUGAUGCCACUAAUUCUUCAAUCCAGUCCUGCAGCAAAUGUAACAUAACUGUGUUUGCUUGCAACUCCAAAGGAAUGUCCCCUCCUGCCAUAAUAUCCAUGCUUCAAAAAACAGGCCAGCCUCCUCAGGAUGUUCGCGUAAAGGUGAGCAACCGCACUGUCUCCAUCUCCUGGACGAAGCCUGAAACUACACUGCGACCCGAUGGCUAUCUGGUGGAGUGGUAUCCAGAGGGCCAGCAGCUAAGAGACCUCCAGUGGCUGAAACUGAGCCAGAACAGCCAUCACGCAGUCAUCACAGACGUGAAGCCGUUUCACUGCUAUGAGGGAGCAGUAUAUGCCCUCUAUAAGAACUCAAUCGGCAGGGCCAGAUUCAGCAGUGUCAGCACUUUGGAGUCAGCUCCAGUGAGUGGUCCAUCUGUCCAAGAAAUGGUAGAGGGAAAUGUGCUGACAGUGACCUGGACGGAGAUUCCAAAUGGACAACGCGGGGGAUGUAUCAGCAAUUAUACCAUCAAAAUAAAAGACACCAAAGACUCCAAAGUCCGCUACUCUGACCCAAUACCUGCAUCUAAGAGGAUGCACACCAUCAAGAGCCUGCCUCCAGCUGCAUACAGCCUUUCUAUGACUGCUUGGACCUCACAAGGAGAAGGCCCGGAUAGUGAAAUAGUCAGGUUCGUCAUUCAAGCACAGAGCCAUACAGUCCUAAUCCUGUGUAUAGUAUUGCCAUUCUUGAUGGUUCUGUGCUGUCUGUCGCAGAUGUCAGCUAUGCAGCAAAGGUUCUGUGUGUGUUUUCAUCGCCUCAUGCCAGAUGUUGUACCAGAUCCUGCCAACAGCAAAUGGGCAAAGGAAUGUAUCGCAGAGAAGGGUAAACGGGGUAAGAUUACUCUCCAACCUCAGCUCAGCAGCUCUAGAGAGGAGGAAGAGCCCAUUAUCGUGGAUAUAGAGGAAUUGAGCAGGGAAAGCAGUAGCAGCUCCUCCCCUGGAGUGACCACCCAAGAUGUCUCCUCAGACCUCCUCCAGCCCAGCCUUAGCCCCGGCGUGAAGCCGGCCACACUGCUUUACCCUCUGACAUCCUACAUCAAGAGCUUCUCACAUGAUUCAGACAGCUCCGACAACACACACAGCUCCCAGGAAACCAGCACAACUGUCGACUACAUCUCAUCUCAUGGGCUAGCAAAUGAAAUAGAGGAGGAGGAUGAAGAAUUUAUGGAUGUCCAGGAUUUCUUCCCGAGUCACAGUGCCUUCAUGGACCCUCAAGUGUUUUUGGGCAACUUGACCCUGGAUGUUGUCAAAAUUGACUGCAGUAACUUGUUGGAAAACACUUAGUGGAACCCUAAAAUGAAAUCAUUUGGGAUUUAAUAGAGGAGGGACUUGGCCAACUGGAUUUAAAAGAAAAAUCAAGGGGCA